UUUAAGCGGGGUUGUCUCUCUCGUACUCGCGCUCGCUCGCAGUCUGUGGCAAUCAUUCGUUUGCUGGCGGAACUCUGAACUAGGCUAAACAGUCCAGGAGCGUAUUUUUUUCUUCUUCUUCUUUUCCCUCUAAAUGCGCUCCAGAAAGAAAACUAAAAUGACCGACCAAUUUCUAAAUAUUUUAAGUUUUUCAUUCAAAACACAAGAAUGAAAGGAUUAGAAGACCGGAGUGCCUGUAUAGGAUUAAAAAGAAGGUUCAUCACAGAGCCCACCCUACUCGCUGUCAUUAAUCCUGGAUUGUUUUGGAUACACUGAAGCGUGCGUAUAGCUACAAACUUGCUCUAAUGCCAUCAAAUGUGCUCGCAUAGAAAUGCUGGUGAAGAUCCGAAGUAAUUUUGCGUAUGUUCAUUGUGCGUUUUGAAGUUUUAACGUCGAUAUGGGUGGUGAUCCAACUGAAAUAUCGCAAACAAAUCAAACGGGAUAGUGGAACAUAUUUGGUCCUGUGGGAAUUUUUGUGCAGUCUUCACAGUCGCUGCAUGUAUUUCGCCAGUUUGUCUUUUGUGAGAGUUUAUAUGGAGAGAAAACUAUUUUGAGGUCGAAUACGUUUUACUUUCUUGGUUUAACAGCCUUGGUAAACAUAGGUAUCGCCUGUUCUCGAGGGGUUUCUGUAAUGCAAGGUUAGACUACUUUAAAAUUAAAAAAAAGAAUUUCGUGUCCCACUGAAAUUGAGAAAGGAUCUGAAAGUGCAACUAACUUGGGUGAAAUUAGGCUACUUCAGAUAUUCAUAUUUCAGUAUUUGAGUUAUGUCCUCUCCAUUUCGUUUUUCUAAUUUGCCUUGACAAGGACUUCACGAAGAGCGGCUUGGUUAAAUGCUUUUGUUUACUACAAAUCGUCAUGAGCUUACACUAUAAUUGAGAAGGGUUGACCAGUCAACUUUGUGGCUCGUUACUACUGUAGAGUGGGUUAUCAGCCUUGUUUCGUCUUAUUUGAAAUCUCGCUAGUCUGGAAAUAGCCUACAUGCGCACGAUGAGCACACGCCGAUAUGUCAGGUCGCGGUCUUUCCUCUUAAAAUGAUUGACCUUCAUUAAGUCUCAUUUAUUAUUUGAUCAUAAAACGAUCACCUGUUUGCACUUGAAGUUCGCUGUUUAGGUAAAGAAAAUUUUUUUUUAAAUUGUAGACUGAAACGUUUGUGAUCUCGCAUCCCUCAUACCCAAAGGGGGGGAAAGGGUCCAAGUCCUUUGACACCUGCCAUAAAAUAACUGCACACAUGCCUAGUGUAAAAACUGUUUUCAGCUAGAUAUGUCACCUAUGCAACUAUCUUAAAUGAAUGUAAGCAACCGUUAUUUCGAAAAUAUUAAGAGUUCUCUCUCUAUCCGGAGUUGUUCGCAGACAAAGCCUAGACUAGCUCUACGCUGUUAUUGUUUCCCUGGAGCAGCGACCCGCAGAUCAAUGCCAGCUGUUGGGUUUCGCGGAGAAAGUGGCGGUUGCGCGAUUCCUCAGAUCUGCGCUUAAGAAUGGCCGCGUGCGUUCAUGGUCUGCAGACAUGAGGAUUAGGCCAUUCGGUGGAUUUAAGGCGAGUUGCGCUGCAUUUCAAACACGGCAGCGAUAUUAAAAUUCAAGCUUCUGUGUGCUUCAUGUUCACACAUUCACGGAUUAGCCUACAUGUCCUCUAUCUCCAUGCGUGAAGGCCUGCGUCAGGACAGUUCAACUGGCACUUUGACUUUGUAGGCCUAAUGUCAGUUAACUGAACAGUCAGGCUCGGGCUUAGAUCAGCGAUAGUGAUAUCAAACAAUCACAUCAGUCCGUGUUGCUUAAUUUUUCACUUAGCCUGAAGACAAAUGGCAAAGUGGCUGAAAGAUUAUCUAAGUUUCGGUGGGAAGCGCGUCCCUCCUCAACCGCCGAAGCCCGACUACACCGAGAGCGAGAUCUUAAAGGCUUACCGAGUUCAGAAAAACUUGGACUUCGAGGACCCAUACCAGGACUCGGAGAACCGCGCACGAAACGACUCGGGAACGGACGACCUGUCUCACCCUGCCUUCGGCUCACCACUGAAGUCCACCAGUCUGGACAUGAAAGUCGUAUCGCCCAAACACCGGCUCAUCAAGGUGGAAUCGCAGGACCUGGGCCGAAGUAAAAUCCUCCUGAGUUCCCUGUCUGUGGAGGAGUCGUCGGAGCCCGUGGUCCCGUCCGCCCCGGCGGCGGCGGACACGGACUACUCGGACCCGUUCGACGUCCAGCUGGAGGGGCGGCCCGAGGCGGAGCCAGAACCGGCGGCGCCGCGCGAGAGCAACAGCUACAUGGAGCCGUACGAGGCGCAGAGGGUCAUCGCCGAGCUGCAGCGGGGUCCCGGGGGGGUCCGGCCCAGGGGGGGGCUCCAGCUGUACGACACCCCGUAUGAAGAGCGGGGGCGGGGCCGAGAGGCGGUGCUGCCCGACGACGGGCGGGAGAGCCGGCUGCCCCAGGACGACGAGCGGCCCGCCGACGAGUACGACCAGCCCUGGGAGUGGAAGAAGGAGCACAUCUCCAAGGCCUUCGCAGACAUUAAAGAGUUUGCUGACCUGCCCUGGCCCCCGCCAGUAGGGCAACUGGAGGAGGAACCCCCCCUCAGAGAGCAAGCGCAGUUUGACGGGGCCGAUUGGGAGCGGUCCUCGUCCCCCACGGAGCGCCUGCGCCCCCCCAGGUCCAGCCCCCUGGGCGGAGCCUCCAAGCUCCGCAAGCCCGCGGACCCCCUCGCCAUGCUGGGCGAGAGAGUGGACCCCACCUUGCCCCUGGAGAAACAGGUGUGGUACCACGGCGCCCUGCCCCGCGCGGACGCAGAGGCGCUGCUCACCCUCUGCAAGGAGUGCAGCUACCUGGUGAGGAGCAGCCAGACGAGCCGCACCGAUUACAGCCUGUCCCUCAGGAGCUGCCAGGGCUUCAUGCACAUGAAGUUCACCGUGUCCAAGGAAGGGAAGUACAUCCUGGGUCAGAACAGCCCGCCCUUCGACACCAUCCCGGAGGUCAUCCACUACUACACCACCCACAAGCUGCCAAUCAGAGGGGCGGAACACUUGUCCCUGCUCUUCCCCGUGCUCGUCCAGACUCUCUGAUUGGCUCCCGGACAGUUCGGUGGGCGUGUCGUAGCUGACUCUCCGUGAUGCAGAGGAGACCGAUGCGGGACUGGGAACGCUCUUCGCUGAAGGAGGAGAGGACAGCUUUCUGAGAGUUCUCCCUUUCACACGGGCUAAUUACAUCCCCUGGUCUGGGAAGGGAUUUAUACCGGAGACUCACUUAAUCUCCGAGACUCACUCGAGUCCUUAUUUUUUUGUUGCCAUGAUAACAUAAUAAGCGUCGGGGCUCUGGACGUUUUGAGAUGAAAGGACUGCUCAUUAGGCAGCGUGUUGCGUUCGGUGCGCUCGUCCGGUUUUCCCGAUUAGAUAACGAUCGGUUAAUUGUCUCUGACAACUCCCUGUUGCUCACACAAAUGGCAGCGUUUGAGCCACAGCCUUCCUGACAGUUGUGUCGGGGAGGGGGGGGGGGGGGGGGCGAGUUGAUUUUCUUUGUGCCGUCGAGGCUAAUGCGGCUGGUAUGUCUGACUUUCUGCCGUUGAAUGACUCCAUUGUCGUCGCGUCCCCGGCGAUUAGCCGACGCACGCUGCACAGACGAGCUGAAGCCGUCUCAUUGGUUCAUCCGUAAUCACGUGACCCGCCUGUCACACCAGGAAGGGGACGUAAACCCUGAGCUUUUUUUUUAAUGAUUGUACCUUUAGAGAACCUGCCUGUCUGUGUGACGUUUUUAGUCUGUACACUGUCACUGCCUGGUUUGCAGUGCUUUCCGUUUUAACUUUGCCGACGCUAUGGAGAUGUGUAGCUUAGAACUUAAAAUAGUUUUCAGCGGAAACAUGAAUACUGGAGCUAAAGCAGGUUAUUUGAUGCCAUUGAGUGUGUUAGGAUAACAGUCACUACUCCUAGUACUGUCAUAAUCAUUAUCAGCAUUGCUGUCAUUUCUGAUGACGAUUAUAACAACUGGUUUGGUUUAUUUAGAUGUGUUUUAAUAUUUUCACAUGUUCUUUGAAAUGAAAGAAAUUAAAGUUUAUAAAGGUCA